CGGAUAAAAUCAGGAUCUUCAAGUUUCGGACUAAAAGCCUCUCUCUUCAACCUCUCACACUCUCUUCAAAAACUCUUUUAACUCAGAGCUUCAAUGGCGAUAGGGUUUCGGCAAAACUAAAACUUUCCGUCGACUCUCACUGGAAAAAAAAUGAACUGUCCGGCAACUUUUCGCGGGAAUUACUCUGCCUUAUCGCCGUGCAGCACUUGCUGUAAUCUUCGUUUACAGCAUUGUUUGGUUCCCUCAGUUAGUUUUCAGCUAAAACAGUGUACAAGGAGCGGAUUGAAGUUCCAUCAGGUUUCGAGGAAGCGAUGGACUUUUUGUAGAGCAUCUGAGACGCAGACCGAACCAGAUAGCAAUAAUGAUAAGGAAAAAGAAUUACAAGAAGAUGAGGCAGAGCGGCCUCCCACCGAUUCCAUUGGGCAAGAGAGUUCUCAUCUUGAUUCUAAGCCUGUAGCAGCAGAGCAAAUAAACAACAGUGAUGCAGAAACUAAUGCACAAGGCGGUGUAUGUGAUGUUGACAAUGCUGAAGUUGCCAGUGGAUCACCUCUGCCAGGUGUGAAGCCGCAGCAGUUGGAUGAACAAAUCAAGAUUCCAAAGGAAACAAUUGAAAUACUUAAGAGCCAAGUAUUUGGCUUUGACACUUUUUUCGUGACAAGCCAGGAUCCUUAUGAGGGUGGAGUCUUGUUCAAAGGUAACCUGAGAGGGCAGGCUUCCAAAAGUUAUGAAAAGAUAAGUAAGAGAAUGCAGGAUAAAUUUGGGGAUGAAUAUAGGCUUUUCCUUUUAGUCAAUCCUGAGGAUGAUCGGCCAGUGGCAGUUGUAGUUCCAGCAAAGACCUUGCAACCUGAGACAACUGCGGUUCCAGAGUGGUUUGCAGCAGGAGCUUUUGGCCUGGUCACGGUGUUUACCUUGCUUCUCCGGAAUGUUCCUGCAUUGCAGUCCAACUUACUAUCGACUUUUGACAAUCUUGAACUGUUGAAGAAUGGCGCACCCGGAGCCAUAGUAAUUGCACUUAUUUUAGGGGUACAUGAACUCAGCCACAGUUUAGUCGCAAAAAGUACUGGAAUUAAGCUUGGGGUGCCAUACUUUGUUCCAAGUUGGCAGAUAGGCUCUUUUGGUGCUAUUACAAGGAUUUUAAAUAUUGUACCCAAUCGUGAAGAUCUUCUAAAAGUUGCUGUAGCUGGACCUUUGGCUGGAUUUGGCUUGGGUUUUGUUCUUUUGCUUUUAGGAUUUAUCUUACCACCCAGUGAUGGUAUUGGUGUUAUUGUUGAUGCUUCUGUGUUUCAUGAAUCCUUUCUUGCUGGGGGUAUUGCAAAGCUUCUACUUGGAGAUGUUCUCAAAGAAAGUACUCCCAUAUCUGUCAACCCUCUUGUAAUAUGGGCAUGGGCUGGACUUCUCAUUAAUGCCAUCAACAGCAUUCCUGCAGGAGAGCUUGAUGGGGGAAGAAUUUCUUUUGCCAUUUGGGGAAGAAAGGCUUCGGCUCGCUUCACAGCUGCUUCAAUCGGGCUGCUAGGACUAUCUGCACUAUUAAAUGAUGUUGCAUUUUAUUGGGUAGUUCUUAUAUUCUUUUUACAGAGAGGGCCAAUUGCUCCACUCUCCGAGGAGAUUACGGAUCCCGAUGAGAAAUAUGUUGCUCUUGGAGUAUUAGUUUUGAUAUUAGGAUUGCUGGUGUGCUUACCAUACCCUUUUCCUUUUACGCAAGAAGUCAUGACAAGUUUCUAGAGGCAAAAACCCAAGUAGGCUCCAAAAUGUUUGUUGUCAAAUUGGACUCUAUGGUAGUAGGAUUGUUAAGAAACGACUCGAAAGCAUAUGACAAUGAGUGGUAUAGCUAGUGCUUCACAUACACAUUACUGAGCAUAGAUCAUUUAGAUAAAUAAAAAACUUGUCGUUUUUGUUUAUUAAUAAAUUCGUAUUUGUUAUUUA